CGCAUUUUAGCCUCCUCCCCCAUGCCCCAAAAAGCCGCACUUAAUAAUUUCCCUCCCCCUUCCUCCCUUUACUCUACUUGUCCUUUCUGUACCAAACCAAAUCCCCACUCUUCGAAUUUUCAACGUUUUUUUUGUACAGUCGAAUUUCAACGUUUAAAAAGAAAAAAAAGGAUUCUUUUGUAGUUUAUGGAAUUGUGGGUUCAAUUCUGAUUUUGGAGAAGAAGCUUCAAAUCUUUGGACGGAAAUGGAAGACAAAUUCAAUUCAACUAUUUAAAUGCUUGCUCUAUUUUGCUUCUCUCAAAGUUCUUUGAUUUUUUUUUUUUUGAGUUUAAUGUUUGAACUUUGAAGUCAUAAGAGUGCCACUGCAAAAACUGGGUAGGGAAAGAAACUUUGAAAAAAAAGAGGGGAAAAAUGCUUGAGCUUGGGAGACAUUGCAGCAGUAGUAAUGGUACUAUAAACACUACUAACAAUAGUAUGGUGAGAGAACUUCAGCAACUGUGGGCCGACAUCGGCGAGAGCGAUGCAGAGAAAGAACGAAUGUUGGUGGAAUUGGAAAGGGACUGUUUAAAAGUUUACCAAAGAAAGGCUGACGAGUCGGCAAACACGAAAGCCCACCUUCUCCAAUCCAUUGCAUCCAAAGAAGCCGAGCUUGCAAUGCUAAUGGCUGCUCUUGGUGAACAUAAAAUUACCUCACCGUUGAAGAAGAAGGUAAUGCCGUUGAAGGAGCAACUCGCAUCAAUUACACCAUUAGUUGAGGAUCUAAAACUUGAAAAAGAAGAAAGGCUGAAGCAGUUUACAGACGUAACGACCCAAAUUGAGAAGAUAACUGCAGAGAUUUCAGGGUAUGGGGAAGUUAUUAAUGCAAUGAGUUCCUUAAAUCUGGAAGAAAAUGGCUUGUCACUGAGAAAGCUCACAGAGUACCAAACUCGUCUCCGGGCCCUGCAAAAUGAGAAGUCUGAGCGUGUCCGAAGAAUUCUAGAGUAUGUAAAUGAGGUUCAUUCCUUGUGUGCUGUUCUUGGGGUGGACUUUGGCAAAACUGUCAGUGAUGUCCAUCCAAGUUUGCGUGAAACCGCCAGACUUGGACAGUCUAUGAAUAUCAGUGAUAGCACAUUGCAGGGCUUAGAUCAGGCGAUCCUCGAGUUAAGAACAGAAAGAAAACUUCGUUUCCAGAAGCUCAAAGAUGUUGUUGCAUCACUAUUUGAACUCUGGGACUUGAUGGGUUCGUCGAAAGAAGAGAAGUAUAACUUUUCAAGGGUCACUUUCAUCAUGGGCUUUCCUGAAGCAGAGAUUUUGGAGCCUGGCGCCCUUUCGUUGGAGAUCGUUCAACAGGUAUCAUCAGAAGUUGAGAGGCUGACGAAAUUAAAAGCAAGCAGAAUGAAAGAAUUGGUUAUGAAGAGGAGGUCAGAACUGGAAGACAUAUGUUAUAAAACCCAUAUGGACCCUGAUCCAAGUACUGCUGGUGAUAAGUCGUCUGCAAUGAUCGACUCUGGUCUGGUUGAUCCUUGUGUGCUAUUAACAAACAUUGAAGCACAAAUAAACAUGGCGAAACAUGAAUCUCUUAGCAGAAGAGAGAUUAUGGAUAGGAUUGAGCGAUGGCUUUCUGCUUGUGAGGAGGAAACCUGGCUUGAGGAUUUCAACCUAAAUAAAAAUCAUUAUAGUGGUGGAAGAGGUGCUCACAUAAACCUAAAACGAGCCGAACGUGCUCGGAUUCUAGUAAGUAAGAUUCCAGGAAUGAUUGAGAACCUGAUCACCAGGACGCUAGCUUGGGAAAACAAGAAUAAUAAGUUGUUUUUGUAUGAUGGGGCACGGUUGGUGUCAAUAUUGGAGGAAUACAAAGUGACCCGACAACUCAAAGAGGAGGAGAAGAGGCGCGCCCGGGAUCAAAGAAAAGUGCAGAAUAUGGUCCUUGCUGAAAAGGAAGCAAUCUAUGGCUCCAAACCGAGCCCAAGAAGAAGCACCAGCAGCUUUAAGAACAUCAACGGAUCGUUAACCCCCUCACCGCGCAGGAAAUCUGUCGGUGCGCUAAAUCCCGAAGUUAUGUCACCGCAGCGUUCCUAUUCUGGGCGGCAUUAUCAUCAACACGAUGGGUAUUUCAACAAUGGAAUGAAGAGGCUUUCGGCUGCCCCUCUGAAUUUGGUGGCUAUUGCUAAAGAGGACACCAUGUCCUUUUCUUCGGCUUUUGGCUCUGAACCGGAGUCUCCACCUCAAGUCUAAAUAUGGAGUCUAAAGAGUCUUGCAGGAUGGUUCCCCAGUUAAUUCUUUUCUACAUACAGCUUUAUAGCCCAUAUUUUCAGGAGGGGCUUAAAUAUGUGAAUAUAUCAUAUAUGGAGGGUGUACUCUAUAGCAAUAUGCAAGCCAUUUCUGCAAUUGGUUUGCAAGCAAUUAUGAUUUUUUUGAUACAUUGGAAAAAUGAAUGAAUAUAGACAUACGUUACGUCUAUAUUCAUUCAUUUUUCAAUAUGAAUGUCGUAAUGAUCGGGUAAAAAUGAAUGGAGAGGGUACUUCCUAUGUAUUGUCUUAGGUAAAGCUAAAGUAUAAGAUUGAUAGGAGAUUGCUGGUGGUUUGUGUAUUGAUAGGAGUUUGGCGUGCUGAUUUGUGACUCUGCUAAAUAAAAUGGUGUUGCUGCUUCAAAUGGAUUUAGAUGGUCCCAUGGCUUUGUUAGAGUUGAAUGGGCUUUUAGUUGUCUGGAAAUGUUAGGUAACAAUGGUUAGUUUGAAGUUGAUGCUUUUGUAAUUUCUUGACAAAUAAUUGGAGUAAUCAUUU